AUUCCACUCAUCCACUGACCUCUUCUAUUUUCGGUCGUCCAUCAGAGCACGUUCCGCCAUAGCCAGUGCAGGUUCUGGCUAGGUCGCUGCUGACGGCACCCAUGAGCAGAAGCCCUUGUUGAAGCCCAUUUCAAAGUCCCGCUGGAACCGCCGCUCACCAGCAUUUACAGUGUGCCUUUCCUCUCGUCGCUGCGACGAAUACCCUAACGCCCGCUAGAGCGUACUAGCAAGCAGCCACCAGCACCUCCUGCUCCACAUAGACUAGGCCUACAGCCUACAGCCUAGAGACUCGGCCUGCAGCCUCCUGCUCCGCUAAUCGGCUUACAGGAUGGAAACCGGUCCGAGCAGCAGACGCCUUGUGCCUCCCAAUAGCUGCAGUUGAUAGUCGCCUCUCCCGUCGUCUCUAGCGUCGCCCCCUCAGGCUCAGUGCCAUUUUUUCGCCACCAGUUUCGCUCGGCUUUCCGGCACUUCUCGCCCAUUCCCCUCCUGCCUUCUCACCUGUUGCUCCUUUCGACUUCCGAGCGCCACCCCAUUUUCACGCUCCAACUGCUUCUCGGGCCUACCCUAAGGUCCUGAGUACUAGGUGUGUCCUGAGUAGGUGUCGACCCUAAGGUCCUGACUAAGUGUCGACCUGGCCCUGGCUCAUCUAGCAGCAAUGGCGCGGAACAUUCGUCUCGUCCCAUCCCCUCUACCGCGUCUCCUCAUCCUUCUUUCCCUGCUCCUCCUCGCGUCGCCGAUAACGCACCCGCUCGUCUCCGCGCAACCCGCUGCUGCUGCCGCGGGCGGGGGAAGAGCCGCCGCGCAACCCGCCGCGGGCGGAAGCGGCGCCGCCGGCGCAGGCGCAGCAGGCCCGGCAUCUGCGGGGCUGUCGGAUCAGGACCAGAUCGCGAAGAAGCGGUUACAGCUGUUCCACGAAGUCGUGCAGGCGAUUGCGUUUUCGCACGUCGCGAAUGCGACGGACGGAACGAUAGUAACCCUACCGGCCACGCCGUCUUCUGGGUCGACCAUGGACCUAGCCGUCCUCAAUACUGCGACUUUCGCGGCGAACGGCAUACGCUAUAAAGAGUUCUACCUGCCGCCCGGUUUAAACGUUCCUACAACGGAGUCUCGGGUGGUGUUACUGUACCAGAAUUACCCUAAUUUCACCGCGCCGUUUAAACCGCCGAAGGGGUACCGAUACGCGGCGCAGUUUGUGGGCCUGAGCGUGUACCCGUUUUCGAUGAUCAACAGUGCGACUCUUGUCGAACCGCUGAAUGUGACUGUAACGGAUACAAACACGCCGAUUCAGGUCUCCCUGGCUUUGGACGUAAAAUUCCCGGAUUUUUACUUCUGCGUGACUUUUGACGCUGACGGCUUGCCAGUAAAUUCUACAGUAACGACCGACAGGUCUCCCGCGCCACCGUCACCUACAACCCCAGUCACGGGCACCACCAACUACACCUGCAGCUCUCCCGACCUAGGGGAAUUUACCCUGGCAAUCUCCCUCGAACCCCCUCCGCUGCCGUCCCCGCCUCCCCCAUCCCCCCCCUCUCCGCCUCCCCCGAUUUCCCCCGGAACUUCCCCCUCUCCGCCUCCCUCCACCUCCCCUCCCGCCCCUCCACCCCCCGCGUCAUCGUCUUCCAACGACACUGUAGCACUCGCGGUUGGACUUUCCAUCGGGAUUAUAUUCCUGCUGCUGGUCGCGGGCUGCCUCGCGUGGGUGUUCUGGCGGUCGCACAGAAAGGCGCGCCUCGAGGCCAUGGAGCGCGACGCGGAGAAGAAGCUGAACCUCGAGACGGCGCUGGUGGGCGGAAACCGCGCACCCGCCGCCGGCGCGUCGCGGACCAAGGCGGUGAUCGAGUGGGAGGAGUCCCUGCCGUCAGUAGAUGGGAUUUAGGGGCUUUGGCGGGGGAAGCGGGGGGAGCGGGGGGAGCGGGAGGAGCGGGGGGAGCGGGAUGAGCGGGAGGAGCGCAUGGGAGCGGAGGGAGGGGGUGGAGCGCAUGGAGAAGAAGCUGAAACCGCGCGCUGGCUGCCGGCGCGUCGAGAACCAAGGCGGUGAUCGAUUGGGAGGAGAGUCUUCCGUCCGCAGAUGGGAUUUAAGGGCUGAAGGGGUGGGAGCAGGGGGAGUAAGAUGUGUGGCUGUGUUUAGGAAGAUGGCUGGACAAAAGCGGUGAUUGAAUGGGAGGAGAGUUUGCCGUCCGUAGAUGGAAUGUACGGGCCGGAGCGGAGGAGCGGAUGGGAGCGGAGGGAGUGGAGGGAGCGGAGGGAGCAGGGGGAGCGGAGGGAGCAGGGCGGAUGGAGCGUGACGCGGAAAAGAAGCUGAAUCUGGAGACGGAGGGGUGCCCGUGUGGUGCUGUGUGGUGCUGUGUGGCGCUGUGUGGCGCUGUGUGGUGCUGUGCAGGGGAGGGGAUGGAGUGGGACGCGGAGAAGAAGCUGAAUGUGGAGACGGAGGGGUGCCCGUGUGGUGCUGUGCGGCGCUGUGCAGGGAAGAAGCUGAAUGUGGAGACGGCGCUGGUGGGGGGGAGCCGCGCUCCUGCCGCUGGCGUCCCGGACCAAAGCGGUCAUAGACUGGGCGGAGAGUCGGCCAUCUGUAGAUGGGAUUACAGGGAGGGGUUUGGCAAGCAUGUGACUGUAUCGAGGGGAGGGAAUUCAGGAAGGGAGGGGAGGGACUACAGGAAGGGAGGGGAGGGACAGCAGGAAGGGAGGGGAGAUGGUUCAGCUAUCGCGCAGCAGAAUUGCCGGAACAGGUCAAAGGAGGGAGAAGUCAUGACUAGGCUCCGCAGAAGGGGUUGGGUGUCCAACGAAAGAAUAUGUGGAGGGAAGCUGAAGGGGGAGGUGGAGGUGUGUAGGAUUGUGUGGGGUUGUGUGUUAUUGUGUAGUGGUGUGAAAAGGUUUGUCAUAGCUCCACGCUGGCAGGUGAUUGCGGAGCUGCACAUAUCUGAAGAUAGGGGAGGUGGUUGGGUGGCAUGGAGGAUACCAUGUCGCCGCAUGGUGGCAGGUGCAGGAGCAGCAGUAGCAAAAGCUACUGCAAAGCUAUGGUUGGUUUUUAUCCUCAAACAUCAUGAGAGUUGGCUUGGGUAGGGGUAUGGGGGUUUUCUUUACCAGGUGGGGGAUGAGACUAGUAGUUAGUGGCCCAACAUUGUCGUGUGAAUCGCUAGAAACGUGUCCCUUCGAUGGGUGGGACCCGUGCAUAUUGUUUAAUUUACAAUUGUGUGGUCUUACUUUGUAGCAUGUAGUGGUGUGUCCUUAGCUGAAAGGUU